AAACAUAGUAGGCAUAUUAAAUAUUGAACCCAAAUCAUAGUGGCCCCUGCUCAAUUCAAACGUCAAGAUGCUUCGCAUUAAACCGCUCCAAGUAAUUUCCAAGCGUUUCGCUUGCGAAUUAAAGUCAAUCCUUGCCGCCAAGAUCCCCAAAGAGCAGGAGCGCAUCAAAGCCUUCCGUAAGGCCCAUGGCAAGACCAAAAUCGGCGAAGUUACCGUCAACAUGGCAUACGGCGGCAUGCGGGGCAUCAAGGGCCUCAUCUGCGAGACCUCGGUCCUGGACCCCCAUGAAGGCAUCCGUUUCCGGGGCCUCUCCAUCCCCGAGUGCCAGGAGAAGCUCCCGAAGGCCGAGUGUGGCGAACAGCCGUUGCCUGAAGGCUUGUUCUGGUUGCUCCUCACCGGGGAAGUCCCCACAAGUGAGCAAGUCAAGUCCCUGUCGGAGGAGUGGGCCAGUCGCUCCGAAUUGCCGGCACACGUGUGCAAAUUCCUGAAACAGGUCCCCAAGGAAGUGCACCCUAUGGCGCAGCUCUCGGCCGCUUGCUCGAUUUGCAACACUGAGAGUAUUUUCAAAAAGUCGUACGCCUCGGUUCCCAAGGGGAAGUACUGGGAGAGCAUCUACGAGGAUUGCAUGAAUUUGAUUGCGAAGCUUACGCCCAUCGCCGCGCUGAUUUACAAGCACACGUUCAAAGGCACGGACGAGAUAGGGACCAUUGAUUCGGACAAGGACUGGAGUCUGAAUUUUUGCAGAAUGCUGGGGUUUGACAACGAGGAGUUUGUCGAGUUGAUGCGCUUGUAUUUGACUAUACACAGCGACCAUGAAGGGGGCAAUGUCUCGGCUCACACCGUGCAUUUGGUGGGGUCCGCCCUUAGCGACCCCUACUUGUCUUAUGCCGCCGGUAUGAAUGGUUUGGCUGGACCAUUGCACGGUCUGGCAAACCAAGAAGUACUGCAGUGGCUACGCAAUUUGCAAAAAGAAGUAGGGAAAGACCCCACUCAUGACAAAAUCAAAGAAUUCAUUUGGAAAACUCUGAAAUCGGGUCGGGUGGUUCCCGGCUAUGGCCACGCCGUGCUGCGCAUCACCGAUCCCAGGUUCACCGUUCAGAAGCAAUUCGCUGAGAAGUAUCUCCCCGAUGACCCGUUGUUCAAAAUUGUGUCGUUGGUGUUCGAGGUGGUUCCCCCGAUUUUGAAGGAGUUGGGGAAAGUACAGAACCCGUGGCCCAAUGUUGAUGCCCACUCCGGUGUCCUCUUGCAAUAUUACGGCAUGACUGAAAUGACCUAUUACACCGUGUUGUUUGCGGUGUCUCGUGCCCUGGGUGUGUUGGCUUGCACGGUGUGGGACCGCGCUCUCGGCCUGCCCAUUGAACGGCCCAAGUCCAUCUCCACCGAACGUCUCAUUAAAGAAGUCACGGGUGGCGACGACAAAAAAGGGAAGAAAGGGAAAAAAUGUGACUAAAUCUUUUGUUUCAAAUAAAACUUCAAAACCG